AUGGCGUCGUCGAGACCGUUGGAGGAGACCGACGUCAAGAGCAUCAUGCUCACCUCGUCGGACGCCGACAGCGAGCCGAGGAGGCAGAACACGAACGUCGCCGUCGGCGAGAUGAGCGAGUACGACGAGGCCCGCGCCGACGUCGAGAAGCAGAAGACGGUCGAGGGCACGGCCAAGUUCAACCGCCUCGGCUGGAAGCGCCUCACCAUCGUUCUCAUCGUCGAGGCCAUCGCCCUCGGCAGCCUGAGCCUGCCCGAGGCCUUCGCCACGCUCGGCAUGGUGGCCGGCAUCCUCUGCUCCGUCGGCCUCGGCCUCAUCGCCAUCUACACGAGCCACAUCGUCGGCCAGGUCAAGAUCAAGUUCCCCGAGGUGGCCCACUACGCCGACGCCGGACGCCUGCUCAUGGGCAAGUGGGGAUACGAGAUCGUCGGCGUCAUGUUCGUCCUGCAGCUGACCUUCCUCGUCGGCUCCCACUGCCUCACGGGCACCAUCGCCUUCCUCAAGCUCACGGACAACGGCGCCUGCUCCCUCCUCUUCGGCGUCGCCUCGGCCUUCAUCCUCCUCGCCCUCGCCAUCCCGCCCUCGUUCGCCGAGGUGGCCAUCCUCGGCUACAUCGACUGCGUCUCCAUCUCGCUCGCCAUCGGCAUCACCAUCAUCGCCACGGGCAUCAACGCCUCGCGCGCCGAGGGCGGCUUCGCCGCCGUCGACUGGUCCGCCUGGCCGCGGCCGGGCGUCUCCUUCGCCGACGCCUUCAUCGCCAUCUCCAACAUCGUCUUCGCCUACAGCUUCUCCAUGUGCCAGUUCUCCUUCAUGGACGAGAUGCACACGCCGACCGACUACAUCAAGUCCAUCUGGUCGCUCGGCAUCAUCGAGAUCGGGGUCUACACCCUCACGGGCAGCCUCGUCUACGCCUUUGUCGGCGUCGACGUCAAGUCCCCCGCCCUCCUCUCGGCCGGCCCCGUCAUCUCCAAGGUGGCCUUUGGCGUCGGCCUGCCCGUCAUCUUCAUCUCGGGCUCCAUCAACACCACCGUCAUCGGCCGCUACCUGCACGGCCGCAUGUUCAAGGACUCCAUCACGCGCUUCAUCAACACGCCCAAGGGCUGGACCACGUGGCUCGCCGUCGUCUCGGGCAUCACCCUCGCCGCCUUCAUCAUCGCCGAGAUCAUCCCCUUCUUCUCGGACCUGCUCUCCAUCUCGUCGUCGCUCUUCGUCUCGGGCUUCACCUUUUACCUGCCCGCCCUGAUGUGGUUCAAGCUCCUCAUGAAGGGCAGCUGGCGUUCGAGGGAGAACCUGCCGUGGAGCAUCAUCAACGGCGCCUGCUUCCUCAUCGGAAUCACCAUCCUCGUCUGCGGCACCUACGCGAGCAUCGCCGACAUUCAUCACCGACGCCGGCCAGAGCGGUGCAGCUCCCCCGUAGCAUCAUCACCGACGCCGGCCGGAGCACCUCCACCGCACGGAGCAAGCAACCGUCCUGUCGGAGCGAAGCCUGCCGGCGAAGACGACGGAGACGGACACAGGCCAGGGAUCCCGUCAGCAUGCCGUUGGCUAUGCGAAUUCAUCGACGGCGAGCUGGCUCACCCGCGAGCGAGCGCGGGAGGUGACGGCACCGUCGGUAGGGACCAUGGUUGGACAACUUGCCGCGCAGCUACGUGCACACUCGAGCUGCAGAGCGAACAGUGCCACGGGUGCCAAGAGUACGGGAGCGGUCGGUCUAGCGUCAACCCGACCAACAAGUCGGUCCGCAAGACGUUCAAAACGGACGAGGCGAGCGCGGGAGGUGACGGCACCGUCGGUAGGGAGCAUGGUUGGACAACUUGCCGCGCACCUACGUGCACGCUCGAGCUGCAGAGCGAACAGUGCCACGGGUGGCAAGAGUACGGGAGCGGUCGGUCUACCGCCACCGACAAACAAGUCGGUUCGUAA